CAGUACAAACAGCUAACGAAGUUCGUGUUGUACACAGCUUAGAGGACUGUUGUAUGAACUUUCCUCUACGUCGAAUUUUGUCAGGCAACUAAGUCGUUAGGAUAGACUUUUCGUACAUACGGGUAUCUUGGGAGAUGGUUAUUCUGUGAUUCUGUUUUUGUUUUAUGAUAAAAUAAGUUGCCGACCACUACAAAUUGAGAAAGCCGACAAAAUAUUGUGUCCGCCCAAAACGAAAUUCUACUUUGGUUUGAUAACGGACAGCUGUACGCUUUUGCUGUAAUUGAACCGGUGCCAUAAUGUCUGAAGCUUACUUUCAACUUCACCCCCACCUUCCCGUUACAACUGGAAUUCAACAAAAGGACACUACGUUUACUAAGAUCUUCGUAGGGGGUCUUCCCUACCACACCACUGACAAGUCACUUCGACAGUUUUUCGAAGGAUUCGGUGAAAUUGAAGAGGCUGUAGUGAUUACAGAUAGACAAACUGGCAAGAGUCGAGGUUAUGGAUUUGUGACUAUGGUGGACCAACCAGCGGCUGAAAGGGCAGUGAAAGAUGCCAAUCCUAUCAUCGAUGGGAGGAAAGCCAACGUUAAUUUAGCGUACCUCGGGGCCAAACCAAGAAGCAAUACAGUAAAUGGUUUUCCUUUACCGGUGAUGUCAGGUUUUCCGACUGUAUUACCAAAUCAGUACAGUCUGUCUCCUCCGUAUAUCUAUCCAUCCCCAUACGUUACAUCAUCAUCAAGCUUACUGUUACCUUCUCACUUGCCUUUGUCAUCAGCUUCAGCAACAACAUGGCAGUUUUAUGACUACGCAGCUGCGUACCACCCCACUCAAUACGCUAACAGCUUGGAUCCGGCCAGCUACGCCUUUCCGAGUGUUACCUCAGUUCCAUCCACUGGCCAUGGAAUCUCGCCUUAUCUACCACCUCAUCUUUACCCAUACACCGGCCCCCAGGCUUUACCUGGGCUUGGAACUGUUGCUGGAUUUACACCUUAUGCACCCCAGCCCCAUAUACAGGAAGCAAGGCUGCAAUGACAAAGUUCUAGUUUCGAGAGAGUAAAGAGAAAGAUGUUUUGAAAAUGCCUUAUUUAAUAUUAAAAGCACUGUGUCUUAAUUGAACUCUAUAGUGCAAGAGUACCUGUUCGGAAUGUAACAAUACUUUUUACGGACGACAGUAAUAUCUUAGCGAUUUGUAAGCUUAAUUCGUAUAAUGAAACAAGAAGUUGAGAAACAUUAUUGACCUCAAAGCUGCGUGUGUUACGUUUAGUAAUAUCUCUUAAAUUUCAGGCAUAUAUUUAUUACUUUAACAAUUAAAGCUUCAGUUCUUGUUACAGUUGUGGAUUUCAAUAAUGUAUGAUCCUUCUUAGGUCGUGUAAUCAAAGCAGCUACCUUCAAUAACAUAAAUCCAUUCUGUCCACUUCAUCUUAUAGUAGUAGGAAUUAGUGACCUUGCAUUGAAGUAACAAGGGGUUUAUAUAACACAGAAUAGGGCUUAGACCUUACUUUAAUUUUUUAACCCGAUAGCAUCUUUGUAGACGAUGUUUAACUGUGGAAAUUAAUCUUAAACCCCACGUGGUAAGUUAUCUGUGGAGAGUCAGGUUCACAUGGUUUGUGAGAUUUUUUUUUGGGGGGGGGGGGUGUAAUUUGAGAUAUAGGUGACGCAAAGAAAAUUUUGAUGGUUGAAAAGAUUAGAUAUGUAAUUCUAAAACAUUUAUGUUUGGUUAUACCGUAUCCCAUAUUUCUGGUAUUGGCAGUAUAACAAUUGCCAUAUAUUUAGCUUAUAUAUCAUUGUUAAUAGUAAUCUGAUAUCACGUUGCGACGUCAAGAAGUUUACAAGUGUAUGCUAGUCGCCUUCGAUAUGUGUAAUUUAUUAUAACGUAUAUGUCUGUGUAAAUCAUGAAUUUUGUGUUAAGAAAUAUGUCCUAAAAUGAUUAAAACUGUUUUACGUCACAGUGCUUUUGCGAUUUCCUUCGUUGGUGGGGAAAAAAGGUAUUUUAAAAACGUUGAUGUUGAAGUGCAUUUUUUAUUUUUAAUCUUCUUUUGUAUGUGGAAAAUUUGUGUAAUGUAAGCCACUUAGGCCAAGUUUUGCAUAUAAAAUUGAGAUUUUUAGACUUCAAGUGUACGAAACAAUAUAAAAAACAUAGGCCCACUGCUCGGAUUUCAUUUUUUAAAAGAGAAGCCAUUUCAUACAAUUGCAUAUUUUAAAAUUUAUUUUAGCUAAUAAAAUGCCAAAAAACAGGUGUUUGGUAAAAACGUAAUAAUUAAUUAAGAAAUAUUAUUUAUCUUGUGCUGUAAAUAAAUAAUUGUUCCACCCACAUACGCAUCUUAAGAACUGUGUCUUUGUAAACUUUGUAUUUACGAAACGAAAACGUUCACUGUUCACAAUAUAGUUGAGUUUUAGGAGUAAUAAAAUAUGAG